GAUAUGCACCAGGUGCAACUUUACUUUGAGUAUACACUUUGAUUUCGGAUGCUAAAUUUCUUUGUAACUUAAAAAAGAAAAUAAAAAAAGAAACAACCUGAUUUUUGCUGCGCAACUUGAUUUGAUAAAACAUGGCAAAUUUAGUCCAUGGACCUUCUUUGAAAAAAACGCCCUGUAACAAUUGUCGUCAAAGGAAAAGAAGAUGCUCUUAUGGAAAUCCAUGUGAAAGAUGCUCAAACCUUGGAGUAGAAUGUGUAUAUACAAUAAUGCCUUCACCAAAAGACUUGGAAUAUAUGCAAGAGUUGGAAUAUAUAAAGCAAAUUGAACUUCUUGAAAGUCAAAUCAGCAUAAUGGAGAAAGAAAUGACAACCUUAAAAUUGGCUCAGGAUAGCUCUAUUUCACCAUAUAACAAGGAAACGGCAAUAGAGACGGAUUAUCCUUCACCCAUAUCACUCAACACCUAUGAUUUUUCUAUUAAAACAUACAAAUAUUAUACAGACAGGCAUGAUCAAUUGGAACAUGAACACACAAGACAGAUCACUUCGCCCAAGUCUGAUAUUGAUAAUGACAAUUCACCUACAGUCUACCAUAAAAAUAGAAAACAAAGUUUUAUAAUAGCAAAAUGCAACCAACUAGAAGCAAGCGUUGCAAAAGGAGAAGAUCAGACUAAACCAUGGCAAUUGACAGUAAAAAACGGACAUUUGGUUAUCGACACCUUCGUCAAUUCAUAUUCUGAUCUGAUGCACAGUUUGAACAAUAUGCUUUUGAUACAAAAGAAUGCUGGUUGCCCAAAUCCUGAUCCUUAUUUUUCUCCAACUACAAGCAAUACUAUAACUACUAUUCUUUCGAUAUUUAUGUGGAGAAAAUAUGGAAAGUCUCGCUUCAAAUCUAUUACAAAAUAUAAACCAAUGUUCAUACAACAUGAUGAAGGUAGACACAUGGUGCCGUUUGUUUCUAUCGAUGGGCUUGUGAAGCUUGUGUUCCAGCUUAUACACGUUUAUGUCAACUGUAAUCACAUCAUACACUUUGCUAUUCAUGUUCGUAGCUUUGUUCAACUAUUCAUGUCAGAUCAACAACACAUUCUAAGAUCACCUGCAGUCAUGGCUAUUUGUUGCCUCAUCUGUCAACAGCCAUGCAAGCAUACUGCACAACAUAUUCCUGUUAGUGCAACAGCUGACUAUGCGUUGUAUUUUUUCGAACAAGCUAGAGAAUUGCUGUCAGAUCGAUUUGACGAAGCGAGCAUAGAGAUAUUUACAACAUACACCUUCAUGGCUGUGUACAAACUAAAGGCAAAAAGCUACGAAGAUGCAUCGAAAUACCUUUCUCUUGCAGAGCAAAUGUAUCAUCUGCUACUACCACAAUAUGAAAGCACGAUGAAGAAAAGGGACGCGCCACCUGAAGCAAAGCUAUUUGCCAGAUUGUAUCGAAGUAUCACACAUACACGACACAUGUUGGAUCUGAAUUUUGAGCCCAAACCAAAUGCCUAUCGAAAAGACCAUCAGAAACUCAUUAUAACUCUCAAUCGUUAUGAUCUUUUACACAUUUAUCCUACGAAUAAUGACUCGGAAAGAGAAUUACGGUUUAUCGACGUGAAAAAUAGAAUCAUAAAGCUCCAUAACAAUGUUCAAGAAGCGGCUAAAAGCUCAGUUGGUCAUGACCUUCCUUCCCUGGUUGGAAAUUUUACACAUCAGGUCGAAAUGGCAUCACGCCACUGGUACCAACAUGAAAUACCAAAAGAAUAUAGAUUAUCUUUGCCCUUGUUUGAAGAUGUUAAUGACCUUGAUUUCUUCACAGCACUUGAACUCGAGUGCCCUGAUCCCUCCCCUUAUGCACUAUUGACGACUGGUUCUGUGUACUACGAAUACCUUAUCGCUGCUAAAAGUUUUUUCCCCAAAGAACGUUCUACUGUUAACUUAAAGACAGAAGAGUUACUAUUGCGUUUCAACAUGAUGGAGAAAGACCUACCCUGUGAUCUAUCCACCUAUCGACUGGAAAGUGAGCUUUGGAUGAAACUGUUGCUAAAAAUAAAGCACAUCAAGGAAUACCAUUUGAACGAAUAUAUGCAAGGUUAUGAAGGAAGCGAACAAGAUUACUUUAGGGAACUCAUCAGCGCACUAAAUCCUUCCUCUAUGCAAUUCAAUACUCCCUCUAUCCGUGCUGCCAUCAUUUCUGCACUCAAUCUUGUCCGUUUAGUUCAAUUCGCUGCUACCCGUGAUUACUCUUGUCUUUUGGAUGUAAGAUGGGUCAUGAAUGCAUGGGAAAUAUUACUGCGCUCUUCCAGAUUCGAUCGUGAACUGUCCAUGGAUAAGACGAUUACACCAGAUAGAAUUAAAGCCAACAUGCUUUUGUGUAUCGGCUACUUAAAGGGACUGACUGAAUUUAAUCAAAACACCUCAGCCCAAAGCAUUAUUGACAUGAUGGAAGAACAAUUUCAAGCACUUUUUCAAGGCACAAACAUUUAUUAACUUUGUAAACUCUAACUGUAAAAUAACCUCCUCAAUCUCUUUCUCUCUCAUUGUUUCUCUUUAUUGUAUAUAUACUUCUUAUAUUAUUUUAUUAAACAGGC